GGGGGAAAACUGGUGGGCGAGGAAGGUGACUGCGCAACGGGGGUGCUGGUGAAUCCUGGCCUAGAAGGCUGCUAGCCGACGCCGAUUUUCGCGCGCUGCGACGAGCCGGCAGAGAUCCGGGCCGCUCGCGGGUUCCCUCCUCCUGCUUUUCUUCCUUGAGGGUUUGUACGCGGGGGUUGGUAGCCCUCCCCUCGGUCGUGCGCUUGUGUGCGAGGGGGAGGGGGGUGGUGAUGGUAAGAGGUGGCUGGUCGGGCAGGCGUUACUCUCGCGGCUGAGGACAGGCGUGAAGAGGCUGAGAGUUGUAAAGAUGCAACCUUUCAGGAGUGGGCUGAGCGUCUUCUCUUUGAAACAAAGCAUAACUUUAUUCAACUGAGCAUCGUGCAAAAUAAAGGAAUAUAGAAUUUAUUUGUUGAGCUCUGAUAAGCAGGACUCAAAGGGGCUCGCAGCAUUAGAACCUGCUAAGAUUUGGGUGUACAGAAAUGUAAUAAGAAUAGAAACAAAAGAGUAAGCUAUUAUCUGUCGUAGCAACUGACCUCCAUUCAGGAAAAUGAAGCCCACCAGAACCCUUUAUAGCACCUUCGUUAGAUCUAGUCUCUAUAGUUCUGUAAGUAAAAUGGAAGUAUAUUGUAAGCAGCUGAUGCAAGUAUGUAAGUAAAAUGUGCUCUACAACUGAUCUUGAGUUUGGUGCUAUGGAUCUAUAAUAAAAAUGCAGUAGGUUUAUAAAAGUUACUUUUUAAAUGCUGCUUAUAUUUCAAACCGUUACUAAAUUACCAUCAGUGUCAUCUUCAGCAGAGUUGCUCUCUUCCAGAUUCAUUGAAGCCAGUGGAAGCCAUAGGAUGGCACUGUGUGUAUGAAAAUGCAUGAAGCUGUAUUAGAGGGCUCUAAAGGCUCUCUGGUAGAGAAGGGUCUUUCUUACCAGUUGUUACUUAAGUCUUUAUAGUUGGAACUGGCAAGGAUUGAAAUUUUUGAGCUCCUUCUCUAAAGAGAAUGAGGAGUCUUUCUCCUGUACAGUCAUGUUGCUGUAAAACUUUGUAUAAAACCAGUUAGUUGUUUUGAAAACCCAGAGUCAGUUCUCAAGCACUUUUUAUGGGAAAGGCAAAAGAAUACUUAGUCCUGUGGGGGUUUGAGAGAAAGUGGAUACUUUGGAUAACCAAGAUGGCUUGGACAUUAUUGACAUGGUAGAUGGUGUUUCAAGUGAAUUUUAAAGUGCUUUGAUAUUUUAGGUAUUCAUUUUUGGUAGGACUCUAGAUCUCCUUCACAAAAGGGAACACAACCGCAAAAUAUAGCUCGUAGCAUAAAUAUGGUAUGUAGUAUGAUUGAAACUUGAGCCUUUGGGUCCUACUUUACUAAUAAUUAUUAGAACAAAUAAACAUGUGUUCUGUUUUCAGGCAUUUAAAAGAAUAUAUAAUCCGUGGCUCACAUGGCUGAGGUACAAGAGUUCGGAAAGAGGAAAAGAAAGAGAGUUGAAGAAGCAGACAGUGCAACUCCUAAGGAUCCGAAGGUGGAGCUCUGUGUCAAUAAUGAUAAAACAACUGUAGGUCAAACAAUCUGUGAUGCAGACAAAAAGGGAGAUGCAAAUGCUUCUGAAGAAACCGAUCUGAAAAAGAGAAAAUUGGAACAGGAAUCUGCAGAGAUCCCUGUGAAGAAAACCGUUAAUCUGCUGGACACAACCAAUAUUGCUGUGCCAGAGGAUGGAAAAAAUUCAACUGAAGAAACAAAAAAUUCAGCUGAAGAAACAAAUAGAGCUCUUCCUCAAGAUUCAAAGGAAGAGUCCUUUGUUACGGUGGAGGAUGAUAGAUCAAAAUCAGAUAAAGAACAUUGUGACUCAACUGAAAAGGGAGAAGUUGGUGAUCCUGAGAACACAAAAUCAGGAAAAAGAAAGAGGACAUCUGAUUCUGAACACAUCCCUGCAAAGAAAGCACAUACAGAAGCUGUAGCAGCACACUAUAAUAAACUUGAGGAAGCUGGAUUGGAACAAAGGAGGAUGAGUCGCAUUUUCUAUCUUCGAAAUUUUAACAACUGGAUAAAGAGUGUUCUUAUUGGUGAGUUUCUUGAUAAGGUACGGCAGAGAAAGCAAAGCAUUACUGUUCUAGACCUGGGAUGUGGUAAGGGCGGAGAUCUGCUGAAAUGGAGAAAAGGAAGAAUCAGUAAGCUUGUGUGUACAGAUAUUGCUGAUAUUUCCGUACAACAGUGCAAACAGCGAUACAUGGAUAUGAGAAAUCGUCGUUCAAAUGACAGAAUUUUCAGUGCGGAAUUCAUAACUGCUGACAGCACCAAGGAGCUUCUGUCUAAGAAGUACAAUGACCGGAAUAUGUGCUUUGAUAUCUGCAGCUGUCAGUUUGUGUACCAUUAUUCAUUUGAAACAUAUGAACAAGCUGAUCUGAUGCUUAAAAAUGCAUGUGAAAGACUUUGCCCUGGAGGAUAUUUCAUUGGCACAACUCCAGAUAGCUGUGAACUUGUAAAACGUCUUGAAGCUUCUCAAACUGAUUCAUUUGGGAAUGAGGUCUACACAGUAAAGUUUCAGAAGAAGGGAGAAUAUCCCUUAUUUGGCUGCAAGUAUGAUUUUAAUCUGGAAGGAGUGGUUAAUGUUCCGGAGUUCCUUGUCUAUUUUCCAUUGCUAGUAGAAAUGGCAAAGGAACACGGCAUGAAACUAGUCUACAAGAAAACGUUUCGGGAAUUCUAUGAUGAAAAGAUUAAGAACGAAGAGCAUAAAAUGCUUUUAAAACAAAUGCAGGCAUUGGAGCAAUAUCCUGCUGAUGAACAUUCCAAACUGGUAUCGGAUAAAAAAGAUGACUAUGCGUAUGCGGAAAUGGUCAAAAAUGAUGAAAAACUGAAGUUACCUUUUGGGUUACUAAGUAAAUCUGAAUGGGAAGCAACAAGUAUAUACAUGAUCUUUGCAUUUGAAAAGCAGCUAUAAAAAAAAGACCAUGAAGAGAAACAAUUGAAGCAGUCUAGCAUCCAAAGUGCUGGUUAUUUUAUAUUUUUAUGUUGAAGACUGUGCGGGACACAACCAAACUGGACAAGUAUGAGUUAUGGUUGCCUGUCUGUGACAGAAGGAAUGACUUGUGUGCAUUUGUAUGAAUAUGAGAAAGGAGUAUGAACUCUUGUGGGGUUGGGUUUCUUUUUUUAAAACAAAGUGCAUGUUUUUUUAAUGCUCAGGAUGCUUAAAGGGAAAAAAAAAAGCUUGCCACAUAGUUUAUGUACUGUGUGACAGAUUUCGUGAUAUGAAGUGUUGAUUGUAUAAAGCUGUCAUCUGUGUGAUAAAUCAUCUGUUGCCAGGCUGUGUCAGCAGCUUAGAAACAUAGAGAAAGGAGCAUUGUGGAAGAUUUCAUCUAGCUGUGUAGUUGGAAAGUACAGUUGAUCAGCUCUUUGUAGAUAUAGCUUCCCCAAAGGAAGUUAAAAUUGCCCAUCUUCAUUGAUUGUUUAGCUGUAUAGUAAACAAAAAACUAGCAAAUGUAGAAAUCAGCUACCCACAGACUCAACAGAAAGAUCCUUGCACCUGACCAAGAACUUAUGGGUACUUCUGUGCAUGGAGCAUUCCUGUGUGGGUUAGCUUGUUAUUCCCUUUUGACAAGCUCUAGUUUAUCAGUUCAACUGAAUGAAAUUCUUGCAUGCUGUGAACUCUGUGUGCAUUGGGAUGCCUGACAUCAUUGCUAAGUUGGACUCUUUAUCUGAACUCCAUAGUGCAGUAUUUUAUGAGUGUUAAAUAAUUGUAAUAGUUAUUUUGGGUGAAGUGGGGUAGGGGAGAGGUCUUGGAGGAAACCUUGUUUGCUGUUUGUGCUCCUUGGUGUGUAAUUGCCUUUCAUAGCGUGUGUGUCAUCAGGAUUAAAUAGAUUUUGGUUCCAAACAAGAGGUCUAAAAAGAUGCUAUAAGACCAUCCUAAGAAAUUAGAUUCCUAAUAAUACAACCACUCACAUAAAGUCUUUCAGAGAAUGAGUUAACUGAAUUUUAAAAAAUAACCUCCAGCUGUUAAAAUAAUUGUUCCGAUGAACAGAGGCAGACAAUCUGAGCAUGGGAAAGAGAAGAAGAAAAUAAAUAAUAUUUUAUGAGUG